ACCAAAUCCGCGGUCGUCAUUCUCGUUGUGUAGAAAUCCGUGUAUGUGCGAAUCUUCAUCUCCGUCUAGGGUUUUGUCAUUCAUCUAGCUUCUUUGUUGUUCAUUGCUCUAGAUCUUCCUCUACGUUCGAAUUCUUUUCAAUCUCUUGCUGGAAAAGUUUAAGGUUAUUUAUAUAUUUUUUGCUACCGAGGAAGUAGGAAAUGGAAUUUGGAAAGAGAGGCAGAGAUGACGGAGGCUUCUAUGGCAAUGGCGGCUUCAAGAAAUCCAAGCAAGAAUCGGAGUCCUUUACACCUGGUAUAGGAAGCAAAUCGAAGCCAUGCACAAAGUUUUUCAGUCCUUCUGGAUGCUCGUUCGGGGAGGGAUGUCACUUCUCGCACUAUAUACCCGGGGGCAUCAAAGCCGUCACUCAAAUGCUCGGCACCAACCCCGCUCUCCCACCCACUUCCAGAAAUUCAAUAGCCUCUCCAUCUUUCCCGGACGGAUCUUCCCCACCCGCCGUCAAGACUCGACUGUGCAGCAAAUUCAACACUCCAGAGGGUUGCAAGUUUGGGGACAAAUGCCGUUUUGCCCACGGCCAACGCGAGCUCGGCAGACAAUCCGCGCCGUCUUUUGAAGACCCUCAUUCCAUGCCCGGAAGAUACGGCGGUGCUAACCCCAGAUCAGCCUCCGGAUUUGGAGCCUCGGCCACUGCUAAAAUCAGCAUCGACGCUUCCAUGGCAGGUGCCAUUAUUGGCAAGAAUGGCAUAAACUCCAAGCAAAUAUGCCGCACGACGGGAUCCAAGCUUUCUAUAAGAGAACACGAAUCUGAUCCCAAUCUUCGGAACAUUGAACUCGAGGGCACUUUUGAUCAGAUCAAGCAGGCCAGCCAAAUGGUCCGGGAACUCAUAGUGAAUAUCAACGCGGGCACAGGAGGACUGCCCAGUAAGAACCCCAUGUCGUUGUCGUCUGGCCAUAACCCCGGGAUCUACUACAAAACCAAGCUCUGCGACAAGUUCGCCAAUGGCUCUUGCACCUACGGAGACAGAUGCCAUUUUGCUCAUGGAGCUGAAGAACUGCGUGAACAACCGGCGAUGAUGUAAGUUAUAGACGGUCAGUCAGUUCAUCGAUUUCGAUCUUCUGGUUUAGAUAUAUCAUGUCUUGUUAUGUGUUUGUUUGUGAUUACAGUAACAAGAGAUUAUUCUGAUUAUCAUAACUACUGUGUGUUGCUUAAUUAUGUAUUGGCUGCUUUGAAAAUUUUAAAGACUAUCAAUCUUCAUAUGUUCGUCA